AUGAAAUUUUUAUUAACCUUAAUUUUGUGUUUGAGUGUUUAUGGAUUCACAGAUUAAAUGAUGUCUUUAGAAGAACUAGCAAAAUUUGAUGUCAAAAGUGUAGAUUGUACAAAAAAAGAUUAAAUAUCAUUAAUUGAAAAAUAAAUGUAAUAAUGGGAAGAUUUAUUAAAACAUUAAAAAGCUAUUUCUCAUGAUAUAAAAAUAUUAAAAUCAAUUGAACAUCUAUUAACUUCAAAAUAAAAUUCAUUUCUAGAAGUUCAAACCUCAAUUUCUGGAAAAAAAUUGAUGAAGAAAUUACAUAAAUUAGAAUUACCUUUAACAAAAAGUAAAAUUGGAUUAGCAUAAGUUCAAUUAUUAAAAGAAUAAUGCAAAGGUUUAGAUUCAGAAGGUAAAAUAAUAUUUUAUAAACUAUUAUAUAGAUCCUGAAGAAAGAGCUUUAGCAAAAAAGGAAUUGUGUAAAUUAUUAAAGGAGUACGUUAAUAAUCUAAAUAACUGUAAGUAAUAAUGCACAAAUUCACCUGUGACAGUUAUUAAGAUUAAAGGAUAAAUUAAAGACUUAGAAAUUAUUAGAGACAACUGUUAAAACGGAAAAGUUAGUGGAGUUAAAAUUGUAACAUUAGAUGGAGAAAAUCAAGAAUACAAAGUAGCAUCAGAUGGCACAGCUGAAAAAUAGUGAUUAUUAAUGAAUAAUGAUU